AUGACCUCCCUACAAGAGAAGACAGCUUUCUUUGAUCAGCUAAAGCCGCUCUCUAGCGAUGAUGAGCUUGACACGGACCAACAGAAAGAAAGGAUGCGCUCUCGGAGGUUCUUCGCCGUCAAAGCACGCCCCAGACUACCAGCAAAAGAAUCUGUCGUGCUUGAUCUAACUAACAGUGAAGCUCAAAAGUCGCGAGUGACACCUAGAAGGGUCACUUCACUCCCAAUGUCAGCAUCUGCUAAUAGAACAAAGAUCAUCAAAGGCACUCCGAUGACUGCGAUCGGCCAAAAGACCAGGCUCGGCACGCUGAUGAAUCAACGCAGCGCCGGGGCUAUUCUAGUCGACGAUACACCUAUUCCUGACUCUACAAGGCAGACACAGAGAACACUCCCUCGGAGCGGGUCUACACCUUUGUUCCCGUCGGGUCGAAACAUUGGACAAACUGUAGGCGAUUCGCCUUCCCCGAGCUUGGCAAUGAAAAAGCGAAAGCGUGAAAAUAUUGUCAAACUCAAGCCAGAGAGCGAACAGAUAUUCAAAGGACUCACUUUCUAUUACGUUCCUGAUGACGAUGUUGCACCAGCUCGUCGAUUUCGUAUCACAAAGGCGCGCGAGUUUGGUGCAACGUGGGUGCGGACUCCACGCAUUGCUACCCAUAUUGUUGUUGAGAAACACAUACAGUACAAGGAUAUCGAGAGCGUGUUGAAGAAUACGAACAGGAACCUUCCGCCUAAAAUCGUCAAUGAAGAAUACCCCAUUGACUGCAUCCAAUUCAAAGCGCUGCUUCAAUGCAGCCAAAAGAAGUAUCGGCUUACAGGCCAACCGAUAGUCCAGGAAGAGGAUAACUCACCACCACUUGUCCCAUCAAGCUCCGGGGAGCCUAAUGAGUUUUUACAAGUGAAACCGCAUCAUAGAAAUUCGAAGAAGUGGGAUUUUGUUCCUCUCACAGGAACACCUGAAAGGAGUGAAGAGUCUCCUCAUCACAGUCAAGUUGCCGAGACUCCUAUCCCGGCUGAUUCUCAGCCAGUUGUGCUUGAUCUUCAGGAGAUGGCCUCCUCUCAUUGUACGACUAGUGAAAGGCCUACGAUUUCCCGACAAAACUCCACGAUAUUUGUUCACGAACCUUGUGGCUCAAUGCAGCGCCCAGACGAGGAUCGCCAUAAGGAUGAGCUAUCCGAGUACAUCAAGAUAAUAUCGGAGUAUAAGGACCUCCCAUUAGAUGUAGAUGAUGAUGAUGUCCAGACGGCUACGGAAAUGGGAGAUCUAGAAUCCGAAGAACAGUCCCUUUCAGGCUCAGAAGAUGAACGGGCUAACAAACGAAGAUCGCGAAGAAAGAUUAGAUCCGAUCGCAAAGACAUUGCUUUCGAAGAUCGAUUCUCCUGCAACUCUGCCGGAGUGAAAGAUGCCAAGGCGGGGAAUCCAAAUUCGCGCACAAUCGAGGUUCUCCAAUCCAUGACUGAUUACUAUACCCGGGUGAACGACCAUUGGCGAACAACCGCCUAUCGAAAAGUCAUCAGCACCCUAAAGCGUCAAGAGACAAAAAUCACAACCGCCGAGGAGGCACAAAGACUACCCAGUGUGGGACCGCGCCUGGCGCAGAAGAUCGAGGAAAUAGUCACUACAGAUAGGCUUCAGCGACUUGAGUACGCCCAGAAAGAGCCGAUGGACGAGGCACUCCAAUUGUUCCUCGGAAUUUAUGGUGUUGGAAACAGUCAGGCCCAGCAAUGGUUGGCUCAAGGAUUCCGGACAUUGGACGACUUGAAAACGAGUGCGAAACCCUCACCAAAUCAGCUCAUAGGUAUCGAGCACUAUGAUGACCUCAACACCAGGAUUCCGCGUCGUGAGAUUGAGGCCUUGGGUGCUAUUGUGAAAAGAGGUGCUCAGCGUGUCGAUCCUCAGGUUGAGUUGAUCAUUGGGGGAAGUUAUCGAAGAGGAGCAGAAACGUCGGGCGAUAUCGAUUUCAUCAUCACCAAGCCGAAUACCGAGUCAUCGGCUGAACUGAGGCCUUUUCUUGAUAGUCUUGUCCAACUUCUUGAAACUGAAGACUUCCUGGUGGCACGGCUCGCGUCAUCACGAUCUGUCAGCGACGGAAGUAAAUGGCAUGGAUGCUGUGUGCUCCCUAAGAUCAGUGGCUUCAAUGAGGAGCAUUACAGAGCCGUAUGGCGCCGCAUCGACUUUCUCCUGGUUCCCGAAUCAGAGAUGGGCGCGGCCCUGAUUUAUUUCACUGGCAAUGACAUCUUUAAUCGCAGCAUGCGACUAUUGGCUUCCAAGAAGGGAAUGCGACUGAACCAACGGGGUUUAUACAAGGAUGUGAUGCGAGGGCCGCAACGAGUCAAGGUCACGGAGGGAGAGCUAGUAGAGGGACGAGAUGAACGAAAGAUCUUUGAUAUUCUGGGGGUCAACUGGAGAGAGCCUCAUGAGCGGUGGUGUUGA